ACAAAAUUAUAUUUUCGACUUUCUAUCGAUUUUGAUAAGUGUUUUUGACAUUGAUAGCUGCCAAAGACUGAUAAAUCUUGGAACCUCAAAAACCAUAAAACAUAUGUGGACAUUCUAUGUUUUAAAAUUUAGAAUUUGUUGUAGACAAAUGGGAAGUACAUUUAUCUUAAGGUUAACGUGACCUUGACCUCAAAUAUUUGGUUGUUAUGGAACUUAUGACACUGCAGAUACUUUAACAAGAGGAUUAACGUAAAUCUGACAGCUCUGAUUAUAGCUUAUAAAACUUGAGGAAUUUCGACCUUCAAAGGAAAUCGGUUUAGGUACAUUAUCCAUAAAUCCAGUUUUAAUGAGCCAAAAAUUAAUCCAUAUUGAUUAUGAAUGAUACCUAAACAAAGACGGAAUAAUUUGGACAUUAUCUCAGAAGAUAAAUGAUAUACAAAUCCAGACGCUUUCGCUUCUAUGAAACAUUUUGAUCUCGUUUGUAUGUCGACAUUUUUAGGAUAUUUUAAUGUCAAAAUAGAAAAUGUCAAAGGAAUUUGAGAACUCUGCUGCUGUUUUGUACGUGGAUGACGUUCCACCACAUCGUAACAAUACAAGUUUGGAAAGAGUUAGGGGAAAGAGCACAGGAUUCUCCACAGAACAAGUCCAAUAUGAGGACAAUGCGGCUAGCGAAUCAUUCGAAGCACCCAGCUAUAGUUCAUCUUCAGAGUCGGCGUCAUCUUCGCCUGAAUCAAGUUUCGCAUUAUUUGGUGCACAUGGUACAAAUAUACCAACUGAGAGAGGAAUAGGAAUAAAUGGCAAAAAUCAAAGUGUAUCACCCGGAAAAAUGUUAACUGUGAAAAGUGCUUCACUCGGAAGGAACGUCCAUUUAGGCAGUAGUUUGCCCCUAGAGCAAGAUGAGGCUUUCAGUAACAUUGAUCAUUUCUGUGAGACACCAAGGACAAAAUGUUGUGGGACAUUUAUGUUGGGCAAAAGCGCAUCAUUGGGGAAAAAUAACCCAUACGAACAGAGAUCUAAAAACAAAGAACUCGCACGAACGAAUAGCAAUGGUGAAUUAUCUUAUGGUUUAUCUCCACCACGUUUAUCCCACGAGCGAAUCUCACCAAGUACUUGCUCGGCGUCCAUCGACUUAGCUCUCUUGAAGAGGUCCGGCAGUGCCCCAAGUAGACCAAGUCGGUCCUCAAGGGCAAUGCCUAUUAGGUCUAAAAGUUCAGUCAGUGGCUCACGAUCAGCGAAUAGUUCCCCACGAAUGAAGCAACGCCGGGUUGGGGUCGUGUAUGACAAUACGUCAGGAAUUUUCAAUCGCUACAGUUUACAGAAUGACCACUGUUAUAGAAUGCUACUCCAGAGUGUCAUUAAUCCAUUGGGUGCAGCAGACACACAUCCGGGUUUCCGGCCUAAGGAUCUGGCAUCAACUAUUAAGCAAGUCUUUCAAAUCCCCGGGGAGAAACACGAAUUAUGGCUGAAAGACGCCGAAAGUAGAAAACCGUCCAAUAUUGUCCUAAAUGUCAAAGUCGUGAGCGCCAAGGACCUAAAACCAAUGGAUUCAAAUGGUUUAGCUGACCCAUAUUGUCUCCUAAGCAUAGUCUCAAAGUCCAAGAGCAAUAGGAACUCUCCAGUUAACUCUCCAAGAACAUCCCCCAAGCCAAAAAGGAAAAGUCGGCAUGGGUCAUUGGAAAUAGGAGACGUUAAGCGUACGCAGAUUAUCAAAACUACAUUGUGUCCACGAUGGAAUGAGGAGUUUGAAUUAGAGGUGCGGGAUGUCCAUACACAGGAGUUGCAGGUAUAUGUCUGGGACUCAGACGAGGGUAGUACGGUCAGUGAGCAGCUGAAGCAACUCGACAGACCAUCAGGUCUGAAAAGUGUGUUCAGACAAAUAAAACAGACAUUGGAAUUCGGCAAAGCAGUCGAUGAAUUCAUGGGACAGUUCAAGGUCCCACUAAGAGACAUUCCAGCGACUGGGAUUGAGACAUGGUAUGACUUAUACGAUGUCUCAAAAAAGAAAACUUCAAAAAGUUUAGGACAGUGUAAAUUGAAGUUGAGUCUUGCGCACAAACAGGAAAUGGAUCAGAUAGACUGUGCUGAAAGUGAGCAAUGUUCCAUCGAGGAUUACUACCACAUAGUAAAACAAAUGUAUAUACACGUAUCUAAGUCACUGAAUAAUGAUAAGGAUGUCCUUCCGCGGUUGAAUCAAGUCAGUCAGAGGAUAUUGGAUCAAUUUGCUAGUCAGAACCACCUAUCAAAAUUCAGCCAAACUCUAGUCAAUUUGUCUGUCAUGUUAGAAUGGACAACUAACAGUGAACGCGGAAUAAUAACUGAUGACAUCAUAAAGGAGUCUAGUAUGAAUAUGGAAGUAGAAUGGUUGAGAACUCAGCUUGAUGAUAGUGACGCACCACAGAGAGUUAUCCUAACAGAUACAGAGCUUGUCAUGUUUGAUGCAGCAGCUACUGGGUACAUUCAUCACCUGAUUAAGGAUCUCAACGACAUUCCAUCAUUAUUCCCACCAGAUGUACAGCACCUCGAUGAAUUCAAAAAUAAACUCAGCAUGAUAGUAAACCUUUUAAAUCUCCAACUAUGGACCACGAAGGAAACUCUUCGCAAGGAUCUCUCAUCUCUUAUUGUUGAACGUCUCCAAACAGACGUCAGGACAUGGACUGAAAAUCAGCUUACAUAUGUGGAAGUUUCUAUGAAAGACACUGUCAUACCAGAGACUGCUGCCUUGAUUGAAGUGAUAGAUAUGGUGACGAUUGCCAUCACGCCUGCUAUGCCUUAUGUGCAGUUCUUUAACCGAUUGGGAAUUGAUUACUACAGAGUCGUGUCAUUUGGUAUUGAAUCUAAAAUGUCAAAGCGGGUGCAGGAAUUGAUGCUUAAGAUGGACCAGUAUCAGAUGAGGUACCAAAAGUAUCCCCCUAACAUCACAGAGAGCAGCAAAGUAUCAUUGAGACUGUAUUUCACACUGAGGAAAUUGUUCCAAGUCGUGAAGGAUAACAUCAACGAAAGAGAUCUAUUCAGGCUUAGUCUUGCUAAGUUUCACAGCUGGUUUACAGAAUCUCUUGUAUUCUGGCUGUCCACAUUCAAAACUGAGGCUGUCAGGCGCAUGGAAAAGGCCUUGGAGAUCGACAGAGAUGUUGUACAAGUUACGAGUCUUGUGAAAUAUUCCAACUCUAGCGUUGAUGUACUCUCUUCCUUUGCCAAGAUAACAUCCGAAUGGAAAGCUAUAGAUUUCCCUGACCCGGACAACCAAGUCAUGGGUGUUACCAAAAUAACUGAUACUAUCUGUGAUGGGGCAAGACUUUAUGCUGACAAAAUUGGAUGUAUCUUGGAACGAAAUGGGUACUACACAAUGAAUGAAAAAAGUCAGGCUACAUUUGAUGUUACUGACCAGCUUUGUAUCACACUUAACAAUAUUGAGCACGUCCGGCAGUACAUUGAUGAACUCCCGAAUCUCUUGGAAUGGGAAAAAGUUGUCGCUGCCAUGUCAACCAAACACGAAGACGAGGCUGUCGGUGAACAGAGCAUGCGCACUUUGGCAAAACUUCAAAACACUGCCCAUGAUGAUGUCAAAAUGAAAAGCAGUGUUCUCCUUCAGAAGAUCACUGACCGAAUGAGCGUUGACAUCCGGAAAUAUACCCUAUUGUUUACAAGGGGACAGCCAUUAAAGAAAUCUUCUAUAGACCCUAUAUUGGAUUACUUAGAGAGCAACCUUCACAUCUUAUAUGAAAAGCUGAUGUGUUGCUAUUAUCCCAAGAUGCUCGAACACCUUUGGAAUGUUGUCUUAACUGCAGUCCACGACACCCUACAAAAUGGGAGAAGACCAGAGUAUUACGUUGAGAUAGAAAACAAAAUGGUGAUGUUGAAAGCUUACUUCUGCAGGGCGAGUUGUAUUGACAUAUCCAUGUCAACGUAUCUCUAUGACAACCUGGACCAUAGGCUAAAUUUAAACUCUAAAUCAUCGGAAGAACUAGAGCAAGAAUACUGGGCGAAAAUAUGUGAUUCAAUGUCAACUCCAUUGGACUAUCUGGGUCAUCUUGCAGUAAAGAUUGGUUAUAAGAAAGAGACAGAUACUUCAAUAUCCCUUUAUGUUAAAGUAAUGAAUGCAAAGAGCUUACCUGGUCUAAAUAGAGCUGGACUUAGUGACCCAUUUGUAACAGUGGACCUUUGUCCAAAGACAAAAUUCCCCCACUGUAAGCAAGAACGAACAAAAACUGUGGAGAAAAAUCUCAACCCCGAAUUUUAUGAAAAAUUUGUGUAUGACAACAUUCCAAUUGGUGUAUUAGACGAGAAAGGUGCCGUUUUAGUGUUUAGUAUCUGGGACAGACAAGCGUUUUUCCCAGACCGCUUUAUUGGUGAGGUCAUCUUACAACUAUCUCAUGCCCAGCCAAUGAUGACACAGGAAAUGCUUGACGUCACAGUAGUCAUGAUGCCGGUGAAACGACCUCGCGAACCACAUGGACCAUUCCAGGUGCUUAGAAGUAGAACAACAUUUGACAAAGAUGUUAAGACAUUUGUGCAACAACGAUCCCGGGUCAUGCGACAUCAACCAGAACGGACUGAUAACAAGAUAAAAAAUUUAACUGGACUAAAAGAUUGGUAUUCAGCGUUAAAGGUAUUCUAUUGUGAACCGGAGGAUUACGAUUGAACGACAUAAUGCAACAUAUUGCCUUAAAUUCUAGGUGAUGUUGAUAUCUUUCAACUCUGUUGUCAGUAGGCUAUGCCAACAACAAUGGUAAUACUGCCGUUUAAUCGGAGUAAAAUGGAGGAGAACGCGCUUACUUAUGAACGUGGGUUUGUUCUUGUUGGGAUUGGACAUGAUGUAUGUUGGUGUCAGUGACAAAAUAACCAAGCCACGACACAAAUCUCAGUUUCAGUUGUCUCUCAAACACUGAUACUAUCUUGACCCACGAUCUAUUGCAGUAAUGAUUCAUGGGUUUUGCUGAAUGGAUAUUUCUGUGUAAUUGUCUGACAGAAAACUAUUAAAUAGGCUGCUGUGGAGAAAUAUGGAACUGAAAAAUAUAAAUGUCAAACGGGACUACUGUAUGCCCUGCUAUUUAGGAAUUACAGUGCAGGAUUAGUAAAAUGAUGCAAGAUGAAAUCUGUAUUUGACAUUUAGCUGUCAUUGUGUCUUUAAACAUGAAUGCAAAGAUUUGUCCAAACAUGAAAGUUGUAUUUGACAAACAGUUGACUAUCACUGUGCAUUGAAUAUGUAUUGACAUCUAUUUAUUUAUUCUAUGCAAAAUAAAAAUGAUGAAAUGUGCACUCUAGAAUUCAAGUGUUGUUCUUUGUUUAUGGAUUCG